GCAGUUAGUUUUAAACUGCGACUUGAAGCGGCAACAUCGUCGGAUCAAGCAACAUAUAACAACUUUCGUGAGUGCCACAAGUGCCCCUUUUUUACGAUUAACUGCAGUAAAAGGAGCCAGAGACAUUUGAUAAUUGAGUGUGUGCCAAUUUUUGUAAAAACAAGACAAUUGACAAUAAUUACAAGUGAGUGACAGGCGGUAUAUGUCGUCUAUCCGUAGCAUAUUUACAAUUAAUGCGUGAAGACAGUGGAAAAUUUUCUUCGUCGACCGUCGCUCUCACUCCCAAAAUCAGUCACCUACAUACGCGAGUGCAGCGCUGCGUGGAAAACCUGUAUUUCUUCGGUUUCUCAGCUGUUUUUCCAUCCAUCGCGGUGAAAUUUCUCGAAUCCAACCAGCCAUUCAGCCAGCUUCAGCCAUUCCCUUGAUUACAGCAACUUUCAGCUUGUCUCGUUCAUUUACUUAGCUCCCAACCGAGGCUCCAGAUUAAAAUUGUGAUACCAAACAUGCUACGGCUGUGGGCCUGCCUGCUCCUCCUGGGAUCAAUCCAGAUCCAGGCGGUUCCAUUCUACGGCGAUUCAAGUUCUGAAGAGGUUGCCGAAUUCGAUGACUCCUCGGAUUCCACACACGAGUCCUCAGAUAACUCCAGCAGCGGAUACGACACCGAGUUCGUGCCACUGGAGCACCAGCAGCAGCCGCAGGGACGCCAGGAGACGGCGGCCACCGUUCCCGCUCAAACCCCCAGCGGUGUGGAGCAGAAGCCGUUCAAUGUGGACACCAUCACCACGGAUGUGAAUUCCCCAAAUCCGGCCAUCUUCUUCCAGCAAUCGUUCCCCUUCUUUGGCAAUGAGUUCUUCAAUUCGUUCGGAGGCUUUGGCUUUGGAGCUGCCCAGGAGCCCUGGUGGAAGGGACCCAAUGUGUGCACCGAAAAGGAGGAAGACGAGACUGUGGCCAGUGAAACGGAGGCAGAAGAAACCGUGGACACCUUUGGCCAGGAACGUGAUGGCGUUACCAACGUGGUGCGAUCCCCACUCUUUGGCCAGUUCCAGUUCAGCGUUAACUCCUGCGCCGAGAAGCCCAACAAGCACGUCUGCACCAAGAUCGUGAAUCAAAAUGGCAAGAAGAAAACGCUGACGCUGACCCGCCAGUGCUGCUAUGGAUAUGGACGCCCCAGAAACGCUGACUUCACAACGCCCUGCGAGAAGAUCGACAUCAAGGACGUGGAGGCCACGGCCAGUGACAUGGGUGCCAAGCAGUUCCUGGAGAGUGCACGCACCGCCGGUGAGCUGGCCGAUAUGCUCGGAGCAGGCAGUGGCAAGAAGGUGACCCUCUUCGUGCCCAACGACGCCGCCUUCAUGGAGUACCGUGGUCAUCAUCAGCAGGAGAAUAAUGUGGAAGAUGCCAAGGCCGAGGCUUCCAAGCCAUCCAUCUACAAACUGCACGCUGUUCUCGGCGAAGUUCAGCUGGAGGAUGUGCCCAAUGAGAAGCUUCUGCAGACGGAGCUGCCUGACCAGAAGAUCCGCAUCAACAGCUACCAGCUGCCUGCGGCUUUGGGCCUGGAACCCUACCGCUUUGCCGCCAACUGUGUGCCCAUCGAGAAGCACGACAAGCUCUCGGAGCAGGCCCUUGUCCACACUCUGGGCGGAGUCCUGAAGCCGCUGACCAAGAACCUUAUGGAUAUCAUCAGGGAGCGUGCGGAUAUGUCCAUUAUGCGCACCGUUCUGGAGAAGACCAACCUGAGCGCCAUGCUAGAGGAUGACAAGCCAGUGACCAUCUUUGUGCCCACCGAUGCCGCCUUCGACAAGUUGGAACCUCAUCUGCGUCGAGCCCUCAAGGAAGGUCGCGGUUGUGCCUCCAACAUCCUGAAGAACCAUUUGCUGGACCUCACCUUCUGCUCGCUGGCCACUGUUCCGGGUGCCAAGACGACGGCCUACAAUCUACUGGGAGAACCCCUGCUCCUCAACCGAACCCACCGCGCUGCGAAUCAGACUGGACCGACUCCCAUCUACAUCAAUAACUUGGCCAAAAUCAUUGAUGCCGAUAUCAUGGGCACCAAUGGUGUGCUGCACGUAAUCGACACCAUCCUGCCCACCGAAUCGGCUCUGCCCAUGACCUCGCUGAUGUCGCAAAAGAACCUGACCAUCUUCCAGCGAUUGCUGGAGGCCUCCGGCUACGAUGAUCAGUUCGACGAUCUGGACAACGUGACCAUCUUUGCACCAACUGACAAGGCUCUGCAGAAUACGGAAUGGGCUCGCAUGCUCAAGGAACAGCCGGAGCUGCUGAAUCAUAACUUGGAUCUGCUGGAGUUCCUUAACUACCAUGUGGUCAAGCCCAUGAUCAAGACCUGUGACCUGUCGGAGAAGUCCCUGCCCACGGUUGCUGGAUCUAGUGUGCGUCUGAACCUGUACUCCACCCAUGCUCUCUUCUCGGACGUGAUGAACCGGGCAACGGUAAACUGUGCCCGUUUGGUGCACUUCGAUGACGAGAGCUGCGGAUCCGUUCUCCACCAGGUGGAUCGUGCCUUGGCGCCUCCCAAGAAUAACAUGCUUAAGCUGCUGGAGGCUAAUCCCAACUACAGCAAGUUCCUGGAGCUGGUUCGUAAGGCUAAUCUUACACAGCUGCUGUCCAACGAUUCGAGGAGUCUCACCCUGCUGGUGCCAAAGAACGAUAUCUUCGAGGAGCUGAACGAGUCCGGUGAGGGUUCAAAGCCCGCCGAUCCCAUGGCCUUGGUCAAAACCCAUAUCGUUGAGGAUGUUGUCUGCUGUGCCGGCAUUAUCCCAACCAACUGGCCAUUUGUCCGCUCCAUCGAGUCCAUCUCUGGCCAGCAUCUGCGUAUCACCCGCGAUCGUCGUCCCAAGAUCGAGAACGCCGGCGUCACCAAGUGCGAUGUGGUGGCCACCAAUGGAAUUCUCCAUGAGAUCAACGACAUCAUCGUGCCACGCCCACAGCGCCAGCAACAGCAGCGACCCCAGCUGAUCCCGCCCGGAGCUGGCUAUCAGCCACAGGGCGAUUUCGAUGUCUUCUUCUGAGCGGUGCUCGUCCCCAUCUCAUGCAUAUUGAUAUAUAAAGCAGAUAUUUAUAUUUACUCUUAACGAUUUGUCAACUGAUUGGAAGCCGCAAAAAGCUCAGAAUCUCCUCUGAUAAAUAAAAUAAAUAGUAUUAAAAC